CGUGAAAUUGGAUCGUCCAUUGCUAUCGCGCCCGUUCCCUCAUUGUCGUCAACGUGAGAACAGCACCCCGUGGCUUGCCCUUUCUUUGAGCUUUUCUUUUCUUUUUUUUUCCUUUUUUCUUUUUUUUUUUUCAGCUUUACAAGUAUCCUGUACCCUAUUUUGAGUACACCUGGGGUCUUUGGUUUUCAUAAACGAGGACCUGUCGCCAGCUGAUUCCAUACAGGUGUUCGACUUCGCUGUCGCACAGUUGUACCAGGCCUUCCCCGUCAUCUGCUCCCCCUCGGAUUCAGCUCCCCGCCAUCACUAUCCAUGUGAGAGCAGGAACCCUCCGUCUGCUUUGAUCUGGACAGACAGAGCUUCUUGCUUCGACACCCAUCACUUGCGUCUAGCUGGUAUAUGGUUGAAAUGAUCCCCAUUCAUUCCUUUCGUAUGUUAGAUAAGUGCUUGUCCUCGGUCGCCAAGCGUUUCUUACUACCGAACCGUUCGUCGCCCGGUGCAGCGCAAACCCCGAAUCCCGGAUCACGUGGUAUUGGUCGGUAGUAAGGCUCGAAGUUGACGCGAGCUGCAAUAUGGCCGGGAAGCAUAUCAGACUGCUAGAGCGCUCUUGGAUGCAGUCCUAAGCAACCUGUAUCAACUCUCUCAAGCACCUAUUCCAAAGAAAUCUUGACAUGGAGCAGAAGAAGAGAGCUAUCAUCAUAGGAGGCGGCCCGGCUGGAUUGCUCGCCGCUCUACGAUUGACGCAGCACAAUGACAUGGCCACCAUUGUUUAUGAAAUACGCCCCGAACCGACAACCUUAGGAGGGGCCAUCGGCAUACCGUCCAAUGGCUUGCGCCUGCUGGCUCGACUUGGCUUGUACGAUGCCUUGCUUGAAAGGGGCUGUCUAACCCCAGAAAUCGUCAUGCAUUCGCUGGAUGGGAGCGAGCUUGGGAAAUUAGCCAUGGUGUCCUGGAGCGAGCAGAAGACAGGCUUUGGCUAUCUCCGCAUCCAAAGGACUGCCGUCAUGGACGUUCUAUUGGAGGCUGCAAGCAAGGCCGGCAUACCCGUCGUCUUCGGGAAAAGCAUCAAGGCCAUAGAUGAGGACGACAUCUCCGUCACGGCAACAUUCAGCGACGGAACCUCUGACUCGGCCGACUUCAUGAUCGGAGCCGACGGUAUCCAUUCGGCCGUUCGUAGGCUUUAUAUCGAUCCAAGCAUCACGCCGAAAUACACGGGAAUCGCCAACCUGUACGCUUUAGUUUCGACCAAGUCGUUGCGAAAAGAGGCCUCUGAAUUGAGGAACCUUAACCCCACCCUCACCGAGGACGGUCUUUUUGCCAUUAGCCCCUGCACUCCAGAUGGCCAAUUGCUUUAUUGGUUCUUUUCACGCGAGCUUCCUCCCCCAGCCACUGGCGACGAUAGGGAUGGAUGGGAACAUCGCGGUAAGGAGGAAGUGGAUUCCGUCAAGGCGACCGUACUGGGUCUGCUGGGCCAGUCUCAGUCAAAAUGGACCAUCAUGCUCAAGGACAUUGUAAAGAGCACCGACACGGUCCGCUUCUAUCCCGUCUACCACAUCCCUCCGGGCGUGAUGUGGCACAGGGGCCGAUGCUUGCUGAUUGGGGACGCGGCGCACGCGAUGCCCCCGCACGCCAGUCAGGGUGUCUCCAUGGCCUCUGAAGAUGUCAUCAUGCUGUCCAAGCUUCUGCGAGACUUCUCUCAUCUUCCAUACACUCGCAUCUUCGAGCGCUACGAGGAGAAACGAAGGCCUCGAACGGAGAAGUUCCUCACCACGGCGCAAAGGAAUGGCACGGUUCGGAAAAAGGUGUCGCCCAUCAAGCUUCGCUUCUACGAAUACGCCGUCUGGGCCGCCCUCGGCCUGUACAGGAUGUCGGGAAUAGGCAAGCUUGGGAUCAAUCAGAAGGACCUGGUGUAUGAUCCAGAAGACGAGGCAUUCUGACGUGAAUCGCGAGCUUCUGUCGCGACCGUGUUUUGUAUUAGUAUAUUUCCAUCUCAAUAUCUAUUUCUCACGGCAGAAACCUGC